AUGUCGACACAGGACAAGUCUCCACGCGGUGAAAUCAUGCACCACCGUCUCUUGGAACUCAUCGCAACCUACAGGACUAGUUCAACAAACGCGCACCGUGCCGCGCAAUGCCUCAAGUUCCCCUGUUCGACGCCAGUUGCCACCAAUGCUGGAGGACCAAAGUACGACUACAGAGCGCGUCUCCAUACCUCAGCAUCCAGACUGCGACAAUCUACCUCUGAUACAACCCGCAUCCAGGAGGGUAUCGCAAAAGCCAAGGCGCCCAAGAUAUCUAUGCUCACCUUGGAGGACCUCCAGAGCGUGAACCCGAACCCCACAGUCUUCUCGACAGCGGCACCCACGUCGUCAAUCGUCACAUUUAUAGAAGAGCCAGCCACGAAGACGGAGCGGAAACGGAUGCCAAAACUCCAAAGUACGGAAGACGGUGCAUCACUGGAAUCAGAGAUCAUCACGACAUUGCCCAAGAAGAUCGAACUAUCCCAGAAGACCGGGCCCACCACCAAGGUCGAGCCCCCCAGGAAAAUGCCACCGUUACGCGCCCAGAUCAUGGAGCUGGAGGCUACCUACCCAGACUGCGUUCUCCUUGUCAGAGUUGGAGAGUUCUACGAGGUAUUCUUGGACUUCCGCAUUGUGAUGAUGUACCAUGCUGACAUGAUACUCAAGUUGUACGAUCACAACGCUCUUGAAUAUGGACCACUUUUAGGACUCAAGAUGGGAUCCAAGACUUUUGGCGGGAAGACCAUCGCGUUUACAGGAUUUCCUAUGAGGCAGCUGGAUCGACACUUGGAGACCCUGGUCGCCAAACACCAUCUCAAGGUUGCCCUGUGUGAGCAGUACCAGAAUGAUGACGAAGGAGGCAGCCGGUCUUUCCGUCGAUCUAUUCACCGAAUCAUCACCCCUGGCACCUUGAUCGAUGAGCAGUUUCUGGACCAGGGCGAGAACAAUUGGCUACUGGCGGUGUCGACAGACAAGACGAGUCACUUUCUGGGGCUCUCCUGGCUAGAUCUUUCAACGGGCGACUUUUUCACACAGGAGACCACUUACGACAGUUUUCCCAAUGACCUGGCAAGGAUCCGGCCCCGAGAGGUGAUCGUCAACUCGAACCUCAGGACGCAGCCCGAUCACCCUGUUUUACAGACGAUGAAGGAGAUGGGACCGUUUGUUGUAGGGUUCGAGGAUAUGCGGACAGCGGCUCAGAUUGCCGUCAAGUUAGAAAACGAGAUCUUGAGCGAGGCUGCUCAGCUGUAUGAAUUUGAUCCGCGUCAUCUCCAGCCCUUUUCCAACCGAGAGCAGUCGGCCUGCUUGGCUAUCUUGCGAUACAUCAAUCAUACGCAGAUGGGCAGGAAGCCUGUGGUGCAGCAACCGAUCCAGUGGCAGGAUGACUCAAUCAUGAAGAUGGACAAGAAUACUAUCGAGGCACUGGAACUCGUGCGGACACUCAGGGACCCGUCGAGGAUAGGGAGUCUGCUCCAUUAUUUGGACCAAACAAAGACCAAGGCAGGGUCACGACUCCUCUCUGACUGGUUAACCUCACCGUUGACUGGAAUCGACAAAAUCAAUGGACGCCUGGACAUGGUAGAGUUUUUCGGCAAUGACAGCCAUCUCAUGUAUGACGUGGGUAUCUACCUCGCCGAGUGUCGCGAUGCCCAACGAGCCAUCCAAAAGCUGUCUCUAGGCCAGAUCGACCCACAGGACUUGGUCGCCAUCCGGGUCACACUAGAGGCCCUCCAAAAGAUCAAGGCUCGCAUCUCGGAUAAGGUCCAGUUGACAAUGGCCAUAGAACGCUCGUCUCGGGAUGCCGGAAGGAAAGGCACAAGCACAGGUAUCCCCACUCUGGUCAAGGAGACCGUCGACAACAUUCAGGAUUUGGAAGGCAUUUGCCAGUUGAUCCGUAAUGUCGUUGACGAGAGUAUGGACCGGGAGCAGGAGUAUGGGUUCAUUAAUGAGGAUGUCAGUCCAGUUCUGAACGAGCUGCAUCACAAUCUCCGGGGACUCAAGAAGCACAAGAAGGACCUUUUGGAUCACUGGAGAAAUCAUCUUGGGGGGAUCAAGCCGUUUGAGAUCAAGUCAUCGUUUGGGUACCGGCAUGUUGUGGAGAUGCGGAGUACGCUUACCGCGGAUAGACUGCGAGAGUUACUGGAUGGUCAGGUUAUGGAUGUCUCGCAUGCUGACCAACGCCGCGCCAAAGUUCGCUACCAAGUUCCUGUGCUAUCAGAGUUGAUGGACUCGAUCGAGAGGUUGGAGGCACAAAUUGUCCAACAGGAAAAGAGUAUCCUCAGCGCAACACGAGCAGACAUCUUGGAGGAGAGUACAGCUAUUGUACAGAACUGCCGAUACAUUGCACAACUGGAUGUCCUUCUUGCCUUUGCAAGCAUGAUGGUUGAACGGCACUAUACCCGACCUGUGUUGAACAACAGUGGUAAAUCGGUGGUUGUAGCGGGCCGUCAUCCAGUCGUUGAGCUGUCGUUGCAGAGUAGGGGUGGCCAGUUCAUGGAGAACCAUUGCUCAGUCGGUAAUGAUGAGCUGAUUUGGCUACUCACAGGGCCGAACAUGGGCGGGAAGAGCACUUUCUUGAGACAGAAUGCUAUACUGACCAUCAUGGCGCAGAUGGGAUCAUUUGUUCCUGCAGCCAGAGCAGAGUUGGGUAUCGUCGACAAGGUCUUCAGUCGCUUAGGAGCAUCGGACAACUUGGCGAACUCGCAGUCAACGUUUAUGGUGGAAAUGGCAGAGACAGCGUCGAUCCUUCAACAUGCAACAGAAAGAUCGCUUGUUAUUAUGGACGAAGUUGGACGAGGCACAGCGACCCUGGACGGAUGCGCGAUUGCCUAUGCAACACUGCACCACCUCUACCAUGUCAACAGGUGUAGGACACUCUUUGCGACACACUACCAUGAGCUUGCGGAUAUGGUCGGCGCUGUGCCUGGUAACUAUGGUCAGAAAUCUUUGGGAGUCCGUGAGCAGCUUACGACUAAAAGCAACUUCAAGGAGGUCUCUCAGGUCCGUGAGUGGCGUGGACAAAAGCCGUUGGAAAAGGUGCGAUGCUACCAGACGACGCUGGAGGAACAAGGCGAUGGAGCGAUGACAUAUAUCCAUCGGGUAGUGCCUGGUAUCUGUCGGCAGUCGCAUGGGAUCCAUGUUGCGCGGUUGGCGGGGAUGCCUGCAAGUGCUAUCGAUGUGUCCACGAGGAUCCUUAAAGCCAUGCAAGAGUCGCAAUAG